AAAAAAAAUUGUUUGAGGGUGGGGUGGGGAGGGGUCGUGCGCCCCUCGCCGUCCCCUUACGAGCGCGUUAUGCGGUGGGCGAUUUAAAAACAACCCCACCCCCACCCCCUCUCCCCUUUCUCUUGCUGAGCCCCAACGCAAUUCCCUCCGAGGUCCAGCAACACGCGCCAAUCAUGACGGAAGUCAUGUCGGGACCUCUAGACCGGUUCCCAAAAUCAGGUAUCGAUGGCGUCUAUGACGAGAAGUGCAGCAUAAAAUCCGAUGUGGAGAUGUCGGAAGAAGAGAGGAGAACCAGGAUUGGGUCUCUAAAGAAGGCGGCGAUCAAUGCCUCUGCAAAGUUCAGGAACUCUCUGACGAAGAGGGGGCGGCGGAGCAGCAAGGUCAUGUCCGUCUCAAUUGAGGACGUGCGUGACGCCGAGGAGAUGCAGGCCGUCGACGCCUUCCGCCAGAUCCUCAUCCUCGAGGAGUUGCUCCCCUCGAGACACGAUGACUACCACAUGAUGCUGAGGUUUUUGAAGGCCAGGAAGUUUGAUAUCGAGAAAACAAAGCAAAUGUGGGCUGACAUGCUCCAGUGGAGGAAAGAAUUUGGCGCCGACACGAUUUUGGAGGAUUUUGAGUUCAAUGAGAUCAAUGAAGUCUUGGAACACUAUCCACAAGGCCAUCAUGGAGUAGAUAAAGAAGGCAGGCCGGUCUACAUCGAGAGGCUAGGGCAAAUCGACACCAAUAAGCUGAUGCAGGUUACCACCAUGGAUCGCUACGUUAAGUACCACGUGAAGGAGUUCGAGAGGAGCUUCGCGGUUAAAUUCCCCGCUUGCUCGAUUGCGGCGAAACGGCACAUCGAUCAAAGCACGACUAUUCUUGACGUCCAAGGAGUGGGCUAUAAACAAUUCAACAAGGCUGCUAGAGAACUAAUCGGCCGGCUUCAAAAAAUCGACGGGGAUAACUAUCCCGAGACAUUGUGUCGCAUGUUCAUCGUCAAUGCAGGUCAGGGGUUCAGACUGCUAUGGAACACCGUAAAGACCUUCCUUGACCCAAAAACCACAGCGAAGAUUCACGUUCUGGGUAAUAAAUACCAGAGCAAGCUGCUUGAAGUGAUUGACGCAAGUGAAUUGCCAGAGUUCCUUGGUGGCACUUGCAACUGUGAAGGUGGCUGUCUUCGAUCCGAUAAGGGGCCAUGGAAGGAUCCAGAAGUCCUCAAAAUGGUUCAAAAUGGUGUUGGAUGUUGCGGAAAGACAAACCCGAAUCCUUUUGGGGCAGAGGAGAAAACAAUUUCUGAGGAUGACAUUUUCUACCCGAAGAAGCAAGACUCCUUCCGCGGCGAGAAUAUUAAGGUUGCAGAUGAAUUGCAGUCGGUCUCAUGCAAACUGAACCGAGGCAUGAUCGAGCAUCCGCAGUUGUCGCCGGUCCAUGAGGCAUUGAGCUUUCCUGAAUACCAAGUUCCGAUUGUUGAGGAGAACUUCCCCACUCCGUGUUCCUACAAUGAUUAUAUUCCGAUGGUCGACAAGGCUGUCGAUGCCGCCUGGAACAAGGAACUACUAAAUGAGAAGCUCGCCAUAUCGAAAGGCUCCUACGCUAUGUCAGAUGUCGAGAAGGUGUCGGAUGGGUUCAGCAACAAUAUCUUUGGUGGGGUUGUGGCUCUUGUGAUGGGUGCCGUCACAAUGUGGCGUGUGAGCCGAAACAUGCCCAAAAAAGUGGUUGAUGCGGCGAUCGACUGCUCGGGCGCUGUGUAUGGCACAGAGACUAUGGCCAAAGGGCAAAUGAAGCAACGCCAACUGGCAGCAGCCCCCGCUCCGACUGUCUCGGCUGCGGAGUACUCCUUUGCCAUUAAGCGGCUCGCUGAAAUGGAGGAGAAGGUGAUCGCUCUCAGCAAGCCGGCAGAGAUGCCGUCAGAAAAGGAGGAGAUGCUGAAUGCCGCCGUGAGCCGCGUCGAAGCACUAGAAUCUGAGCUUGCUGCUACCAAGAAGGCCCUCGAGGACGCUCUUGCGCGACAAGAGGAAAUUUUGGCUUACAUUGACAAGAAGAAGAAGAAGAGCAAGUUGAACCCCUUCCGCUGGUGAUUGUUCGGCGAAGGACAUUUGUGUGUAUAAAAAUAAGUUUGUGAAAUUUGAUGAGAUUGUCUCAAUGUUUCGGCUAUUCGGCUAAUACCCAUUGUGUGUAACCCCAUAUAUAUGUUUGUAUUUGGUAAACUAAUCCAAGAUUUCAUUUGAGUUCGAAACUUUGCGGAUUCUCUUAAACUUUGUUGGUAUUGAUGAACUAAAUACAAGUACUUUUUAUGUGUAUUAAUA